CUGAAAGCAGAGAUGCUUUUUACUUUGCUGGGAUGUUUCGCAUCACCAACAUUGAGUUUCUUCCUGAAUACCGACAGAAGGAGUCCAGGGAAUUUCUGUCAGUGGCGCAGACCGUGCAGCGAGUGAUAAACCUGGUUUAUACAACAUCUGCCUUCUCCGAAUUUUACAAGCAGUCUGUAGUUGCCGAUGUCAGUAAUAACAAAGGUGGCCUCCUUGUCCACUUCUGGCUUGUAUUUGUCAUGCCUCAUGCCAAGGGCCACAUCUUCUGUGAGGACUGUGUGGCUGCUAUCUUGAAGGACUCCAUCCAGACAAGCAUCAUAAACCGGACCUCUGUGGGGAGCCUGCAGGGUCUGGCUGUGGACAUGGACUCCGUGGUACUAAAUGACAAAGGCUGCUCCCAGGACUUCUACGCAGAUCAUCUGUCUCUCCGCUACCCUCUGGAGAUUUCAACAACCUCAGGGAGGCUGAGGUGCCACUUCAAGCUGGUGGCCAUAGUGGGCCAUCUGAUCCGACUCUCGAUAGAGUCUGUCCAGAUUGAAGCCGACAGCUGCGUCACCGACUCCCUGACCAUUUAUGACUCUCUCUUGCCAAUCCGGAGCACCAUCUUGUACAGAAUUUGUGAACCUACAAGAAUAUUAAAAUCAUUUGUUUCCACAAAUAAUCUCAUGUUGGUGACAUUUAAGUCUCCUCAGGUAUGGAGGCUAUCAGGAAUUCGGGCAUAUUUUGAAGUCAUUCCGGAACAAAAAUGUGAAAACACAGUGUUGGUCAAAGAAAUCACUGGUUUUGAAGGGAAAAUUUCAAGUCCAUAUUACCCAAGCUACUAUCCUCCGAAAUGCAAGUGUACCUGGAAAUUUCAGUCUCCCCUGUCAACUCUUGGCAUAGCACUGAAAUUCCAUAACUAUUCAAUAACCAAGAAGAGUAUGAAAGGCUGUGACCAUGGAUGGUGGGAAAUCAAUGAGCACAUGUACUGCGGCUCCUACAUGGAUCACCAGACGAUUUUCCGAGUGCCCAGUCCUCUGGUUCACGUUCAGCUGCAGUGCAGUUCAAGGCUUUCGGACAAGCCGCUUUUGGUGGAAUAUGGCAGUUACAACAUCAGUCAACCCUGUCCUGUUGGAUCUUUCAGAUGCUCCUCUGGUUUGUGUGUCCCUCAGGCCCAGCGAUGUGAUGGAGUAAAUGACUGCUUUGAUGAAAGCGAUGAACUCUUCUGUGUGACUCUUAAACCUGCCUGCAAUGCCAGCUCCUUCAGGCAGCACAGCCCUCUGAUCUGUGACGGCUUCCAGGACUGUGAGGACGGCCAGGAUGAGCAGAACUGCACUCACAGUAUUCCAUGCAAUGACAGAACUUUUAAGUGUGGCAAUGAUGUUUGCAUUAGGAAACAAAAUGCAAAAUGUGAUGGCAACAUGGACUGUCCGGAUAGGACCGAUGAAGAAGGCUGUCGCUGCACCAGCAGUUCCCCCACCCUCCACCGGAUCAUCGGGGGCACCGACACCCAGGAGGGGGGCUGGCCGUGGCAAGUCAGCCUCCACUUCGUUGGAUCUGCCUACUGUGGCGCCUCAGUCAUCUCCAGGGAGUGGCUCCUCUCUGCUGCCCACUGUUUCCAUGGAAGCAGGCUGUCUGAUCCCACACCGUGGACUGCGCACCUUGGCAUGUAUGUGCAGGGGAAUGCCAAGUUCGUCUCCCCAGUGAGAAGAAUUGUGGUCCAUGAAUACUAUAACAGCCAGACCUUCGACUAUGAUAUUGCCUUGCUGCAGCUCAGUGUCGCCUGGCCUGAGACCCUGAAGCAGCUCAUCCAGCCAAUAUGCAUUCCUCCUGCCGGCCAGAAAGUGCGCAGUGGAGAGAAGUGCUGGGUGACCGGCUGGGGGCGCAGGCACGAAGCAGACAAUAAAGGCUCCCCCAUUUUGCAGCAAGCAGAGGUCGAACUCAUUGACCAGACCCUCUGCGUUUCCACCUACGGCAUUGUCACUUCGAGGAUGUUCUGUGCGGGUGUCAUGUCAGGCAAGAAAGACGCUUGCAGAGGAGAUUCAGGUGGACCUUUAUCCUGUCGAAGAAAGAGUGAUGGAAAAUGGAUUUUGACUGGCAUUGUUAGCUGGGGUCAUGGAUGUGGAAGACCAAACUUUCCUGGUGUUUACACAAGGGUGUCAAACUUUGUUCCCUGGAUUCAUAAAUAUGUCCCUUCUCUUUUGUAAUUGUGCAAGUUUGAUUUUUGACUGUGUUUUAUGUGAUAGAUUCUUUUAAAAGAAAUGCAGUAAUUGUCAAUAAAAUGAGAUAAUUUUUUUUUUCUUCUGGAA